UUUCCGUUUUGUCACUUGUGUGGCUAGAGCAGAUGGUAGUUGUAUAAGGACAAUAUUCCGGUGAUUGAAUUCUGUAUGUAUUUAGAGGGAUGAAAAUCCUCAGGAGAACGGGACAAUAUCCGUUAAACAGUUCCAUUACAACAGCAGCAUCAACAGUGCAAGAUCGUUUGACUGAAGAGGAGACCCAGUUUAUUAUCCCUGUCCACUUAGAAGCAGAAGAUACGUUAUGGCUGGUAAUAAUCAGUCUCAUUACAGCGUUUGGAAUUCUUGCCAACCUGACAACAAUUGGAAUUAUUAUCCGUUUAACACAGUUUCACAAACCUACUUACGUGGUGAUAGGAGCUUUGGCUAUUGCGGAUUUUGCGUCUCUGAUCCAAUAUCUAUGUCAUCUGGUUUUUGCAGCGAUCAACAGAUAUCGUGUAGAUAAUUAUGGAUAUAUUUUUAUGACAAUCAUCUACAUAACAGCGCAUGCGUCAGCAUCACACGUAGUGCUAUUGCUUGGAUUGAGGUAUUAUUUGAUAGCUGUGCCUCUUCGAUCAAGGACGAUUAGAAAACGACAUGUACUGACGUCAUCAAUUUUAAUGUGGAUUUUUAGCGUGAUGUUUGGAGUUAUUUAUUAUUUUGCGAGAUUUCACGUUGCAAGAAGCAAGAUAGCCAUUGUAGUAUUGGUAUUCAAAGGUUAUCUUCUUUUUGUUCCUUGUAUCUUUAUGCUAGUUUUUCACGUGACAAAAAUUUACAAAUUAAGGACGUCUAUCAGUAGACGCAGAAUGAGUCAGUACGUUCGAAAGAUGUCCACCAUGAUUUUGAUAAUCAUGAUCAUUUACAUAUUUUCUGCUGCAAUAUUCCCCAUUACAUUUUCUCUAAACUUUUUCAGAGUGCUCAGUGAACGUGAAAGCAAGGCCAUUCAAAUUUUUGCUCGAGUCGUUUGGCUUUUUAACCUUUCAGUCAAUCCCAUCAUUUAUUUCAUUUACAGUCCAAAGGUUAGACGAAAUGUAUCUUUACUUUGGCAUGCGCAAUCGGAUGUAACUUUGCGUAGAUCAAGCCGACAAUCAACCUGCUUUUUACAAAGUAGUACAUUUUAGCAUCAAGGUGAUACUGAAAUGGUGAUUUCGAGAAAAUUGUGUUUGACAUUUUCAAGUGCCAGCCCCUUUUAGACCCUUUUAAAUGAUUUACUUCUUUUUGAAAAUUGAACUAUUUGGAAAAGAAUAAUUUGGGAAAAAACAGACAAAUUUGCUACAUUCGAAAACUUCUGUGUAAUCAAUUCUAUUGAAAAUGAUUGAAAAUGACAUACACUAUCUAUGUAUGUAUAAAGAGAAACAUUUCAUAACUUACAUAACAUAGAGUUACAUUUUCUAUGAGAUUAAUUGAAGAAACGAUAGAAAAAAAGAGGUAUUCAGAUCUGCGAUUUUCCGACUUUCAUUCUCCUCUAGAUUUGGUGAAGUUUUUAUAAUAUGAGCAUUGAAUAUAGCUGUUUUAUGUUUGCAAUCAUGAGAGCAAAAACUUGAGAGUUGACCGUUGACACAGAGAUUUUUCACAAAAUUAAGUAUCAUGAAAAUAAAAGCAAGUUAUUUUUGCCAUUGAUGUUUCUCACGGAGAACUAUAUGUUCAUUUUAUCAAUAAAAUGUCCCUUUCUGUAUUAAAUUGAUUGUGCUAGCCAAAUUGAUGAACUGUGUGGACUAUAGGCCUUUUGUUGGUAUAUAAAAGUUAAGUCCAUCAUUAAAAAUAUUUAUGUUUGAUGUAGUCAACCCACAUUUUUCAAAUAGGGUAAGUAGGUAGGUGGUUUUUAAUUUUUUUUUUGCUUUACAGUAUUGAUCAAAUUGAUAAUUGCCAUUAAAAAAAACCACAGACUCAGAAAUUAUUUGAUAUUUUCAAUUCACAGUGGAUAACUAGACCUAUUUAUUAUUUAUUUCAAUUAUAAAGCAUCCUAGAGAAAUUAAAAACCUUUGCUUCAAAAUGAAACAAUCUCUUAUUGAAACUAAAUUUACAAAAAAAUCAAAGUGUUGAAAGUAUACUUGGGUAGGAGAGAUUUUGAUAGAUCUGUCGGAGUAAAUGAAACAAAUAAUUUUUCUUGUUGUUCUGGGGAAUAGAUGGGAUUAUAUCUUCACAGUGGGUAAAACUUUUGUUUUUUAUGCAACAUAUUUUUAAUUUUUUUUCUACAAGUACUACGUUGACUAGUUUUAAUGAGAUUGAUAAAACAUCAAUGACAUAUAAAUGAUUUAAAUCCGUUUGAAAUGACCGUCUUUCUCGUUACAGAAAAGUACUUAAUGAUAAUUUUCAUAAUGUUUGAUUUUUUUUUUUACAUCUUGUGAGUACAAUAAAAGUUUUUUUUUAUGAUUUACCCGUUAUAUACCUUCACUUUAUAAAUGUGUAAAAACCAUAGGCCUGAAACUGUGCAUUCUGUGAGAAGAAGAAUUGUUGGGGGUCGAAUCCCAUGACAAGAAAUGGUCCCUUUAAGAAUCCGAAAGGUUAGGAUACGGAUAGAUUUCGCAAAAUUUUAAUGAAUACAUUAUAUGAGUAAACAAUGUGUUAGAUAUUUAGAAGGCCUAUUGUUGCAAAAUAUUUGCUUGAGUAAUUUUUUUGUAUAUUUUCAUGAAAGCUUCAAUUGUAGUCUUACAACCAACUCCGGUUUGAUUCAUGUGCUGUAUAUUUAGCUUUAUCCCGUUAAGUGCCUCUUAUUUUGAUGUAAAAGAUCAAAGGAAAUACUUACACUUUGAUAUUGCACUGAUUAAAUAAAAAAUAAAAAAGGUAUUUUCAGUGUUUCAUUCGUAUUCAAUUAUUUUUACUGAAUUAUAUGAAACUACAAAUCUGGGUUGAUUUGAAUUUUAACCCUUAUCCAACAUCACCAUCGUGGUUGAUAUCUCGCAUAGACGCUCGAAAUAACACAGAUAUAAAAGGGUCUGGUGAAUGGAAAACACAUUUUGACAAUCAAACUUACAAAUUGAAACAAUGAAACAGUAUUCAAUCUCUUUUUUUCAGCGAUGUGUUGUGUUUUGUAUAUGAAUUGGAAAAAAUGAAAAUGCAAGUUACG